AUGUCAUCGUGUACCCCCUACACGGAGGAUGAUGACAGAAAUGUGGGCAAAUACUCCGAUCAUGUGUCCGUGUGGCUUGAUUCUCAUAUCGGCGAACCAGAAAAUAAUCGCGAAUUGAAAGCUUUAUUCCGUAAGAUCACUCAACCGUUAGAAACGUUGACAACAGCCGAAGCAAAUAUUGAUGAGCCUAUCAUGCUUGAUGAUGUUGUUCUAAGGUCGUUGCAAGAGACCGUCUAUCGUUUGGAAAUAUUCGACAAGGAAGACACAUGUCUUGAAUUUAUUCACGCGAAUGGCGAUAAACAAAUAUUUUUUAUUUCAUCCGGUUCAAUGGGCAGAGAGAUUGUACCAAAAAUCGCUGAUCUAUCACAACUCAAAAGCAUCUUUAUAUUCUGUGGUGAUAUAUCGCAUAAUAGCGUAUGGGCAAUGGACUAUCAAGAGAAAAUCAUGGCGAUGGUGACACACCAAGAUGAUCUUCUCCUUCAUCUAACCAAAUGUAUUGCCGAAUAUUUGAAAAAUAAAGGCGAUGUUUACAUGAAUAAUGAUGAGAUUUUUAAGGCCAAAAAUUGUUUCGCAUGGUCAAAAAAAUUGUUAUUGAGAGCUGAACAAUAUGGUCACACACGUUUGCGUAAUGAACUGAAAAAUAUUGAAGACAAAAUUUUAUGGGCAGAAACAGGCCAAGCGUCAUAUUGUGCUUAA